AUGAAGAUUUACAGAUGUUGCGAAACAGGGGAUGAAAUGUUCACGGACACCUACCCACUUGAACUUGUGGGUGGCCUGUUCAGGAUUAAAGGCAGCGCUGAAGAGCAGCAGGAUGAAGGAGCAGAGGAAAGCAGCUACUCCGACAUAGAUGCCGUCCUUGACAACAGGCUACAGAAAACUGGCUUCUGCUCAAACAAAGAUUUCAUGUCAUAUUUCAGGGACUUUAUGAAGAAGGUAGAGGCAUACAAAAAGGAGAAGAAUCCAGAUUUUGAUGUGACAGCCUGGCGAACUGAAAUCCAUAAUACUUUCAAGACUGUCCUAGCCAAUUUUGACCAGUAUGAAUUCUACACUGGAGAAUCCUGCAACCCAGAUGGUAGCAUUGCCAUGGUGAAAUGGGAAACCCCAGCAGGAGAGACAGAUGAUAUUCCUUGUGUGUACUUCUUUGCUGAUGGUUAUGAAGAAGGUAGAGGCAUACAAAAAGGAGAAGAAUCCAGAUUUUGA